AUGGACUUUGAUACCGCUUUAGAACACGUCGGCGAGUUUGGCCGCCAUCAAACACGGAUUUACUUUAUUGUGAGUCUCAUUUCUGUUCCUCUCUGCUCUCAAAUGUUGAUUGUAGUUUUCAUUGGAGCGGUCCCUGAAUGGAAAUGUCACUCGCCAAAUGGCGAUAUUUUACACUGCAACUCAAGUCAUCCACGCUGCUGUGAUAAAGAUGGUUCUAUUUGUCCAGGAGCAGAAUUUACCACUGGGAUGUCUGAGAUCUCUUCCAUUGCUACCGAAUGGGACCUAGCUUGCGGGAAUCGCUAUAAGACCGAACUUACUCAGUCGAUCUAUGUAUUUGGGUAUAUGUUUGGUGUUCUUAUAUUUGGCAUUUUGUCUGACAAAUAUGGCCGCCGGAGACCUUGGCUUUUUGCCUAUAUAGUUGGUGGGAUAUUAACUGUAAUGUCUGGUUUUGUACAAACAUAUGAAGAGUUCAUCACUCUGAGGUUUGCCAUGGGCUUGUUGAGCGGUGGUGGGGGCCUUAUAAGCUAUGUUCUAUCAUCAGAAUCCAUUGGACCUUCAUAUCGAGGUAAAUAUAGCCACAUCACCUUUCCGGGUACACUCUAUAAUUAAAAAUACUAAGUUGCUAGUUGGAAAUUUUGAAUCAUAAUAUUAGCACGAAAGGGUUCAAGGAUACCUUAUUGCACACUUAUUAAUUAAAUCUCCCGGAUUGAAGAUGGGUCAGCCAUUCGUAUGUGGUCAUCUCAGAUGCACGAAGGUCCUGAGUAAGACCUGAGUAAUAGUCGGAUCCUAGGAAUCGAACCUGAGACCUCACGCUCAGCAGGCCAGUGCUCUACCAACUGAGCUAAUACUGCAGCAGUGUGACCAAGCCUUUGCCCAUUGUGGUUGUGGCUUCAAUCCCCUUCCCAGGUAGGUAGGUUAUGAUUAGGCUGUGACAGAUUUUAUAAUUUUAAUAAUAUCCAGAGGGCAACAAAGUAAAACCAAUUUCACAUUUAGCCAAUUUGCCCAGUACUUGAUCUUUAAUAAAACUCUUGGAGAGUCAAGUCUUCAUUCUUCGGCAUAUUAGGUAGCUUAUCCAAAAAAACUUCACUCUUCCUCUUACUUUAAAACAAAUCUAAUUAGCCUUUUUUUUCCUUAAUAGGAUCAGCGGGUACGUGGCAACAAGGUUUCUACGCCUUUGGUUAUGUUGUCUUGACUUUGGAAGCCUACUUCAUCCGUGAUUGGCGGACUCUAACUUUCUUUUCUAUUCUUCCCUCUUUCGUUGUUUUAUUCAUUUUCAAAACUAUCCCAGAAUCCCCGAGGUGGUUAGCAUCCCAAGGAAAAAUAAAAGAAGCUGAACAUAUUUUGAGGAAGAUAGGAAAAGAAAAUGGUUCUCAUAAUAAUGAAGUAAUAUUUUUGAAAGUAGAUAGUAGGACAGAAGGGAAAACUUCUCAGCAUGGAGCACUUGACUUAUUUACUCACCGGUCUGUGUGUCCCGUCACCGGUAUCAUGAUGUUAUUAUGGUGUGUAAACAGUAUGGGGUAUUAUGGACUUGCUUUGAAUGUUAAAAACCUUGGAGGAAGUCUUUACAUCAAUUUUGUACUUGCUAGUUUAAUUGAAUUGCCUUCUUUUGCUGUAACACAGUUUUUUCUCUCAUGGCUUGGACGUAGGAAGACUUUGUUUUGUUUCCUUCUUGGAGCUAGUCUUUCUUGUUUCCUGUGCAUGUUUCUUCAAUCUCACAGUGGAGAGAAUACUGCUGCAAUUUCUAUGACAGCUUUAGCAGGCAGGUUCUGUAUUUCUGCAUCAUUUGCUGUGCUGUAUGUUUACUCUGCAGAGCUGUUUCCAACUGUUGUUCGCAAUGCAGGUAUGGGUAUAUCAAGUCUCUCAGCUCGAGUUGGAGGAAUGGUUGCACCCUUCAUUGUUCUCCUUGGAGAUCAGAACAUUUUGCUCCCUAUGCUUGUUUUUGCCUUAACUGCACUAUUGGCUGCAAUGGCAGGAUUGAAACUCCAUGAGACACAAGGAAGACCAUUGCCAGAAACAUUUGAGGAUUUGGAUGGAAAUCACCCAAGAAAAGUACAUGUUAAAUCUAAUGAUGAUCCAUAA